AUGGCGUCCACGAGACUAUCGCGGUGGGGAAUCGCAUCACUGCCACGUCGAGCGCCGUUGCGCACUCAAUUCCUUGGCCAGGCCGUACGGGCCAGGGCGUCUACUACUCGGCAAGCUCUCCAUCCACUACCACUACGACUCUCAAACCACAGACACUAUGCAACUGGUGGUCGGCCUCACCCUCCCGGUGGCACCCACCGCAUGAACGUGGGAGGCGAGGAAAAAUCGGCUUUGGAACAGUACGGCGUUGACCUCACCGCAAAGGCCAAGUCGGGCAAACUCGACCCUGUUAUCGGCAGAGACGCAGAGAUCCACCGGACAAUCCAGGUUCUGUCGCGGCGAACGAAGAAUAACCCUGUUCUCAUCGGCGCAGCAGGCACCGGAAAGACGGCGAUCCUGGAGGGUCUGGCGCAACGGAUCGUACAGGGCGACGUGCCGGAAAGCAUCAAGAAUAAAAAGGUCAUUUCAUUGGAUCUUGGCUCUCUUAUUGCCGGAGCAAAGUUUCGAGGCGACUUCGAGGAGCGGCUAAAGGCUGUCUUGAAGGAGGUCGAAGAUGCAGAGGGUAGUGUUAUCCUGUUCAUUGACGAACUGCAUACGCUUCUCGGUCUCGGGAAAGCCGAAGGUAGUAUUGACGCAAGCAAUUUGCUGAAGCCCGCACUGUCUCGAGGCGAGCUUCAAUGUUGCGGUGCUACUACCCUGAAUGAAUAUCGUUUGAUUGAAAAGGAUGUGGCUUUGGCGCGGCGUUUUCAACCUAUCCAGGUCAGCGAGCCUUCCGUGGCCUCGACCAUAUCUAUUCUACGUGGUAUCAAAAACAAAUACGAAGUCCAUCACGGAGUGCGAAUCACCGAUGCCGCAAUUGUUGCCGCGGCUACAUACAGCAACCGCUAUAUCACCGAUCGUUUCCUCCCAGACAAAGCCAUCGAUUUAGUGGAUGAAGCUGCAUCCGCUUUACGGCUACAGCAAGAAUCAAAACCGGACUCGAUCCAGGAACUAGACCGAGAAAUCAUCACCAUACAAAUCGAGUUGGAAUCCCUGCGAAAGGAAACAGACAUCACAAGCAAAGAACGCCGGGAGAAACUACAAGAAAUGCUUAAAUCGAAACAAGAAGAGGUCGCAAAGCUGAUGGAGAUUUGGAACAAGGAGAAAGAAGAAAUUGAAAGCAUCAAGCGAACCAAGGAGGAGCUAGAGCAAUCGCGAUUUGAGCUUGAGAAGGCUCAACGCGAGGGCAACUUUGCAAGAGCCAGUGAACUCCGGUACUCUGUCCUUCCCGCUCUUGAAGCCAAACUACCACAGGAAGGGGUGGAAGCCAAGGAGGGACAAACCUUGAUACAUGACUCGGUAACUGCAGACGACAUUGGAAAUGUCGUUUCGCGCAGCACAGGAAUUCCCGUCACAAAGUUGAUGGCUGGAGACGUUGAAAAACUGAUUCACAUGGAAGACACCUUGCGGAAAUCUGUACGCGGCCAGGACGAAGCACUUACAGCUGUCGCAAACGCGGUUCGGAUGCAGAGGGCAGGGCUAAGCGGCGAAAACAAACCUUUGGCAUCCUUCAUGUUCCUUGGUCCCACUGGUGUUGGAAAAACGGAGCUUUGCAAGAAGAUGGCCAAUUUCCUUUUCUCCACCGAGAGUGCCGUCUUGAGAUUCGAUAUGAGCGAGUUUCAGGAAAAGCACACCAUCAGCCGUUUGAUUGGUGCGCCCGCUGGAUACGUGGGCUAUGAUGAUGCCGGUCAACUUACUGAGGCCGUGCGAAGAAAACCGUAUGCAGUCUUGUUGUUCGACGAAUUCGAAAAGGCCCACCGAGAUAUCUCGAGUCUCUUGCUACAGGUUCUCGACGAGGGUUUCCUUAGCGAUUCCCAAGGUCACAAAGUCGACUUCCGCAACACGAUUAUUGUCCUCACGUCCAACUUGGGCGCAGACAUUUUGGUUGGAUCGGAUCCUUUGCAUAGACAUGAGCUCUCCGAUGAGAGCGAAGUCCCCGCUCCGGUCAAGAAAGCGGUCAUGGACGUCGUUCAAGCCGCCUAUCCUCCAGAAUUCCUGAACCGCCUGGACGAAUUUAUUAUUUUCAAGAGGCUCUCAAAGAGUGCUUUGCGUGAUAUUGUCGACAUUCGACUGAAGGAACUGCAAGCCAGAUUGGACGAUCGACGAAUGGUGCUUCAGGUCGACGAGGAGGUCAAAGGAUGGCUCUGUGAAAAUGGCUAUGAUCCUCGUUACGGCGCUCGCCCGCUCAACCGUCUCAUCGCGAAGGAAAUCGGCAACAGGCUUGCCGAUAAAAUCAUUCGAGGCGAAAUUGUAGCUGGACAGACUGCGAGGGUUAAAUUCAACGCCGCCAAGGAUGGGGUAGAAGUUGUCUCCGCCUAG